AUACACAUUUGCUACACGUCAUCCAAAAAUUGAAUUGAAUAUAUAAUAUAUCCAAUUCGAUACAUUAAAACAAAUACUUGAUGACGCUGGGAGAAUCGCAAUUCGACGUUCCUCAAUCCCAAUCACAAAAUGAAUAAAACAGACGACAUGAAGAGCUCGUCGCUGGACGAGUUCAAGCUGGAGGCUAUGCGCUCCAUGGGUUGGGCGGUGGAAGCGGACAUACCCAUGGCUAAUGCUGAGAAUCUGGCCAUCCUCCACGAAAUGGUUGGCAUGCGAGCCGAGAAAUUCGAACUACAGCAAAGGAUCCGGGCUCUGGAUGAGCGCGACAAGGCGAUUGAGCGACACAAGCGGAACAUUGAGGCCACAUUGCAACAGAACAUUACAUUUUUCAGCUCUGUUAAGAACGAUGUUAUCAAGGAAGCGCAUCGAACUCAGCUGGUUAUCUUAGAGCGCAACAAACUGAAGGAGGAUCUGCGCUUGAAUCAAAAAGAACUGGCUGAGUAUACGGAAUAUGCAGAUCACACUCUACGCAAAAUUACAAAAAAUAAGCGUGAGAUCGAUGAGUUGACGAAGCGCAUUAAGACGGCCAAGUCGAGCCUGGUUGAUUGGGCCGAUGCCAUGGAAGAUGGCAAUAAGGGAUACCAGCUGAUCGAUAAAUACUACCAGGAUGACCAGCAAAAGGCGAGAGACCUCAACACAAAGCGUCAGCUGCUGCAGGCGGACAUUGACAAACGACGCAAGAUGAACGUUCAGCUGUAUGAUGAGCAGACAACGCUGGAGAAGAAUCUGGAACGCACCGCCUGCCUCUACAGGGCGGCGCACUUGGAGCGUCGUCAGAUGGUGGACACAUGGAAGCAGGCAGUUAACCAAAUGACACAGCGUGAGAUGGACAUACAAAUGGGCGAGGAAGAGUGCGUACAUCUCACGGAGCGAGCAAUCAGCAUGGCGACCAGUUAUCGCGACGCCAAUGAGCAGCUCAACGACGUGCUAGAGAACAAUCAGAUGGUGGAGCAGUCCAUCGAGAUACUCAACUCGGAGACCUCAGAUUUAAAGAAUGAGAUCGCUCGUCUAACGGAUGCAGCGCUGCUGAAGGAGCGCGAGAUUCUUGCGCUGCGUCACGAACUUGAGAAUCUAUCGAACAUGGUGCACUCCCAGCGUCUGGAGAACCGCAAGACUCUGCAACAGCGUGAUGCGAAGAACUUAGAGAUUGCCAACUUCGAUGAGGUGCUCAACCAGGUGGAGGCCCGCCUCAAAGCCAUCGAAAAUAAGGCAACCGAUGCCAAUCAGCGACUGCAAAUCCUUGACGAGAUGAUGGAGGGUGAGGAGCAGGCUCUGAACCAACUGAACAAGCAACAGCAACGCUGCAACGAUCUGCUCUAUCGCACUCAACGCCAGAUAACCGACUUGCGGGACGAGGAGAAGACAAUCAUUAUGCAGAACUCGGCACUGCAGUCGACGUUGUUGGCCGUAUAUCGCAACCAUCGCCAGCUGACGAACGAACUGAAGCGCCAGACCGAGAUCCACUACAACAUGUCGUUCAAGUAUCUGCAGUGCGAACGACGUCUGGCCGAGCUGCAGGGCAAGAAUGCCGAUCCCGAACUGGAGGAGCGCAAUCAGGAGAUACUCAGUCAGCUGGAGCAGAACUAUGCGAAGCUGCAGCGUCGCCUCAGCUCUACGGAGGCACAGAAUAAGAAGCUUAACUACAGCAUGAAUGCCUUGGUCAUUGUGUACAACAGUGAUGCCAAGGAGUUGGAGACCUUCAAGUUCAAGAUCAAGGAGGCGCAGGUUUAUUGCGAAGGCACCAUAAAACGCAUGCGGAUGAAUCGCUACGAGAACUCCGAGUUCAUUGUGGAGCUAAGUCUUCUCAAGAUGCGCUGCAGUGAUCUGCAGAAUGUCAUCGAAAGCUGUGUCAAGGGCACCUUUAAUCUCAAUCAGCAUCGCUUGGCCUUUCAGCGGAUCAUCAAUGAUCGCUUUGUGGAGCUGCGCAGCCAGCAGGAUAUACUGCAAUUGAAGCGCAAGCAUCUCAACGAUGAGUUGAGCACAUUGCGCGCCGAUCUGGGAGAUCGCAAGAAGCACAUCUCUGCGAUGAGGUCUCGUUUUGAGAUAACGUCGGCGCUGCUGGGCGUCAAUGAAGAUGGCACUAUGAUCACCGCCACCCAGCUGAAGGUGGAGAAUGCCCAAGAGCGUCAGCUGCUCGCCGACGAGGGCGACGCCCUCAACAAGAAGGUCCUGAAGGCUGAGAAGGAGGUUAUUGCAUUGGAAAAUACGCUGAGGCAGUUUGACAAAUCCAACGACAAUUAUCGCAAGAAUCUGAAAACUUAUGAAGACAACUCUAAGAAUGAACAGCGUGCCGAAGAUGAACUAAAGCGGGUCCAAGAGAACUACUGCAAUGAGCUACAAAAGCUGAAGUCGCUGCGACACAAAGCGGAGUGUUACGAUGUCAAGCAUGAGCAACAGAAAAUGGAACAGGAGGAGCUGAUGAAACAAUUGGAGGCCGAGAAGCAGAAAUGCUUGGAAGACUCUGAAGCGCUGGCGAAAUUAACCAAAGAGCUGCAGGAGCAGAAAUCCAAAAUAGAUCGAGCCAAUCGUGAGAUACAAAAUCUACUCAAGGACAUACGACAAAAAGCCAUUAGCAGUGAGUAUCUUGAGUUAUUCGAGCGCGAUCUAGGUCUGCAGGAGCUGGAGAAUCGUAACCGCAAGACUUUGAACUUGCUGUCCGACAUGGCGAACAGCGAUGAGGAUGGACCGCAGAUCAUUCACUAUAUGCUGAGCAAGGGAUUGAAAUUGCCUCAGCAUUUGAAACCCGUUCGCAGUUGCAUCUCAUCAAAGACGGGUUCAUACUCCUCUUUGGAUUGCUAUUCAGUAAAAGGAUACAGCGCACGUUCUUCAAUUUCGGAUAUAAGUUUGAGCAAGGGAGAAGCUGCUUCUGCUAGCAUUAGUGUCGUCUCUCUCGAUUUUCCCGUUAAAAAGAAGAAAUAAUUUCACCUACAAAUACACUAAAAUAGUAGAACACACAUAUUUGUUUUCCUGAAUGGACUGUGAUGCUGAGAACAUUGAAUGUCGAUGAUUCCCCCCUCACGUGUUUGGUCAGCAAACUGUUUACAAAUCGUACUUCGAAGCAGAAACACCAAGAAACAACACGAA